GUUCCGUAUUUGAACUUCAACGUAGUACUCUUUUGCUCACAACAGCUUCGUCUCACUCCCCCAACCCCUAACGCCGGCGGCUGAGGCUAAUCGAAGAACAACAAUGGCCUUCAUCAAAGUCCAGAAGACGAGGGCUUACUUUAAGCGUUUCCAGGUUAAAUUCAAGAGAAGGAGAGAGGGAAAGACUGACUAUAGAGCCAGGAAUCGGCUGAUCAAUCAGGACAAAAAUAAGUACAACACACCAAAAUACCGUUUUGUUGUCCGAUUUACUAACCAGGACAUUAUUGCACAAAUUGUGUCUGCUAGCAUUGCUGGUGACAUGAUUCUUGCCUCUGCCUAUGCUCGUGAGUUGCCUCGUUAUGGACUUAAAGUCGGACUGACAAACUAUGCUGCUGCAUACUGUACUGGACUUCUCUUGGCAAGACGAGUUCUCAAAAAGCUUGAAAUGGACGAAGAGUAUGAAGGGAACCUCGAUGUCAAUGGGGAGGAUUACUCCGUUGAACCUGCUGAAAGCAGGAGGCCUUUCCGUGCUCUCCUUGAUGUUGGCCUUAUAAGAACUACCACAGGCAAUCGUGUUUUUGGUGCUCUCAAGGGUGCAUUGGAUGGUGGGAUUGAUAUCCCUCAUAGCGAGAAGAGGUUUGCUGGAUUCGGCAAGGAUUCCAAGCAACUUGAUGCAGAUGUUCACCGCAAGUAUAUCUACGGUGGCCACGUUUCUGCAUAUAUGAAAACAUUGAUGGAAGAUGAACCUGAGAAAUAUCAGUCACACUUUAGCGAGUACAUCAAGACGGGUCUUGAGGCAGAUGAUCUUGAGGAGAUGUACAAGAAGGUUCAUGCUGCCAUACGUGCAGAUCCAAGUUCAAAGAAGUCUGACAAGCCACCUCCUAAGCAGCACAAGAGGUACAACCUUAAGAAGCUAACGUAUGACGAGAGGAAAGCUAGGUUGAUCGAAAGACUCAAUGCUUUGAAUGCUGCUGCUGGAAAUGAUGAUGAUGAGGAAGACGAUGAUUAGUUAACUACAUAACAAGAAUUUUGGAUUCUUGUCGCUUAUGGUUUUUCUAUUAUAUUUUUCUUUUCUUGUUUCUACUAAGUAGAGAUCUCAGUUUUGCAUCCUUAGUAGAAUGAGACAUACCAAAGUGACGAUGUAUGAGAUUAUAUUUUGCUUCAUUCAUCUGUUUAUUCCUUUGAAGUUUUAACUUC